AUGAUGCGCUCGACGGCGACGCUUUUCUUCCUGCUGGCGGCUUUCCUGGUGCUCGCCAACGCGCAGAUGACCUUCACAGACCAGUGGAGCAAGAAGCGGGGCGUCGACAUGGUCAAGCAGUCGCACAACGACCGAUUUCCGGGGUUCGUCUUCCUUUUUUUUUUAGGAGCGACUACAACUCGAAGACUCCUGAGUUCAAUCCCAGUCACAAAAAAACCAAAAAAAUAAUUUAUUUCAUUCAAAACGGCUCAAAUUUUGAUUCUAAUGGGUUCUGAGCCACAAAAAAAGCCAAAAAAAUAAAGGAAUUUGAUUAAAAAAAUGGCUCAAAUUUUUGAUUUUUGACGCGUUUUUUUGGGAGAAAAAAAUUCCGUAAAUUCAGAAAAAAAUUCAGAAAGCUAUUUUUUUAUAAUCUGACUACAAUUCGAAGACUCCUGAGUUCAAUCCCAGUCACAAAAAAGCCAAAAAAAUAAUUUUUUUCAUUCAAAACGGCUCAAAUUUUGAUUUUGAUGGAUUUUUGAUGGAAGUAUAGUCAAGUCGCACAACGACCGGUCUUCGUUUUUUUGAAAAAAAUUUGAAGUAUUUUUUUAUAAAAUCUGACUACAACUCGAAGGCUUCCGAGUUCAACCCCAGUCACAAAAAAACCCGAAAAAAAUGAAUUAUUUUAUUUAAAAACGUCUCAAAUUUUUUGAUUUCGAUGGGGGUUUCGAAGAAAAAAAUUCAGUCAGUUCUUGGUUAUUUUCCAAAAAAACUGAUUAAGACUCCUGAGUUCAAUCCCAGUCACAAAAAAACCAAAAAAAAUUAUUUUUCUUAAAACUUGAUCCUGAUGCAGAAACAUAUGGUCAAGAAGUCUCAAAACGACCGAUCUUUAAUAUUUUUUUAGUUCAAAAAAAUUGAAUUAAGUUGAGAAACUUGAAAUUGAAAAAAAUAACAGUAAAAACCCAUCUCGACAGCCUAACAAUGGCCCGGUCGCACUAAGAAUUGCUCGUAGCGAGAAUUUUAAGGAAAUUUUUUCAACCAUCAGAUGAUUUUUUGAACGCCGAUGUAGUCAAAAUCUAUAGUCAAAAAUCUUCAAGUAAACCUAGGGGGCGCAAAGCCCCGCCCCUUCACGCCACCAAAAUGACGAUUUUUUUGUUGCAAAAACGGUUUUGAGGCGUUUAUAUUAGCUAAAGUCCCACUUUGAAAAUUAACUGUUUCUCUUAAUCUAUGUAAUCGACAACGCUCUACAAGACUGAAUAUUUUUUUAAAACUAUGUAUUUUUUUCAAAAAAAUAAGCGAAAAAAAGUAAGAUUUAACACGAAAAAAACUGACAAGUUUCACAAAAAUCGUCGCGUUUCAGAAAACCAAAUGAGGAACGCUUUUUAAAUUUUUGAGUAUGUUAUAUAUUAACACUUUCUUUAUUUUUUUCGAGGGAAAAUUUUUAAAAAAAAUCUAACGACGCGAAAAAUCGAAGCUUGUAAAGUGACACCAAACUUUGAAGCUGAAAUGCGAAAAAAAUUUCAGCGACAUGGUAUACUUUUUUUAUUUGAUUUAAAAACUCACAAUGUGUUCAAAAAAAUAAAAAAAUUCAGAAUGAAAAUAAUUAUUGGGACAGCGAAUUAAAUUAUAUUUGAAUUUUUACCAAAACCACCUUUUUUUCGCCUGCCUCGUUGUCGCAUGAGAGAAUAGGAUCGCGUUUAUACUUUUGAUCAGGUUAUUAAGCGUUCAAAAACUCUAUCAAUAAAAAAAUUAUGAAAAAAAUCUAACGACGCGAAAAAAAUAACGGCUUUGAAAAACCUCGAAAAAAAUGACAACUUUUUUUGAAAUUUUUGGAAGAAUUCGUGCAAGCAUUCGUAGCUGUGUUCGCGUCAAACACACCGAUGCGCCAUUUUAAAUGUUGCAGGAGCCGUUUUUUGGAGUCAAAUUGCACAUUUUCCUGUUUUAUUUCGAAAUAACAUUAUUUUUCAUUUUUUCUUUUUUCCAAACCAAAUGAUAAUAAUUUUUCUGAUUAGAAAAAAGAAAAAUAAGCUGAAAAUUCCUUCUGACCUUUUUUCUAAGUAGUUUUUUGAUAUUUUAUCAAAAAUUCUUAUGAAGAUUGUACAAAAGAUUCAUACCAAAACAUGAAGCUCAGUUCGGACAACCUCUCAGAACAGAAAACUGAUUAGAAAACGGUUCAGAAAUGCGCAAAAACAUUUAAAAAGAAAGCGUGCGGCAGCGGGUAAACCGUGAGAUUUUGCCUCCAGUUGUACGCCGCGCGCGCUAGUUUUCUGGCCAUAACUUUUUUCUUAGUGGACCUUUUUUCAAAAACUAAACGGAUUAUGAAAAUGGACAGUCUCCUCUAUCGAACAGUGUGAAAAACAUAUUUUUUGAAUCGUUCUGAAGAAAUGGCUUGCGGACCCUAAGUAAACCUGAAUCAAAAAAAAAAUCAGAUCAGAGAAUUUUCAAUAACUCCAGAGGCACUGACCCCUAGGACGGUUUGGUAGGCCAUUUUCAAAAAUAGCAAAUUCUAAAAAUUCAGCCAUUCCCAGUGCGGACCAAGUUGUUCAAAAAUACUUUGUUCGUUCGGUAAAUUAAAAGGUAAAUUAUUGAAAAAUCGCCUUCAUAGGAAGAUCUUCGAAAUUCCUAGUAAAGAAAGUCCUUCCUGCAGAAGACGUCCGACAGAUUAGCGUUCAAAAAAAAUGAAUGAAAAAAAAAAUGCGUAAAUCCUCUUUUCCAACUGUGAUUACUCAUAAGAUUGUACGUAGAGUAAUUUCUUGGGUUAUGUUCUCUUCUAAUAUAAGUUUUUGAACCCUUUUCUCAGAAAAAAAAACGUUUUGAGAAAAGUCAGGCUUUUCGAAAUUGUAGUAGCUCAAAGUUCAAAGAGCCAAAGAUUCUGUUUGUUUAGCUCAGUGGCUUGUGAUGAGAACUACAAAUCAAAGGUUCUCAGGUUCAAACCUCGGGCUAGAAAAAAACUUGGAAGAAAAAAACAAAAAAAUGUUACUUCAUAGUUUGUAGAAUAGUUUUUUUGCAGGAUGGCUGACGUAAAAAAAGUGCGAGGGGGGGUGGGGGGGCUUUUUUAAAUAAUUAAUUUUUUUCUCGACUUGGAAAACGAGUUGAGUAGAUUGGCAAGGGUGACGCGUUGCGUACGUGUCGCGGCUUUUCGGGGGCGCGAGCUUUUAGGGUUUUUUUCUCAUUUCUUCGACUAUUUUUUUCAAUAUUUUCAAUUUUUUUAUGGUUGAGAAGAUUUACAUGAACAGAUAUAAGUAUAAAAAAACUAUGAAAAAAAAAUUUUUUCCAACAUUUUUUUCCAUGAUCAAAUAUGACCCCCCUCCUUAAACACUCUCGUCCAAAUCUAAAAAGAUGGAUUUUUAGAUUCUACGAGUAUCUUUGCUCUUUUUGAACCUUAAACCAUGACCUUUCCCAAUUAAUCCCCCGUGACUGAACUUUCUCCCCCAAAUCACUUAUCAGAGCCUAAUCCUAAGAACCUUUCAUCUUUAUAAUCCACAAACUAUACUCCAGUCUGUCUACGUCUUCAAAAUGACAACCACAGAAAAUAGAAAAAUAAUAAAUCCCCAGGGAAAACGUGACAUUUUUUGGGAUUUGCGCAACAUUUUCUCAGACUACCGUAGUCUCGAAAAAAUGUGUAUGCGGAAGAAAAGAAAGAAAAUUUGAGGAAAACAAAAUUUUAAUUCGAUUAGACUUGAAUUGAAAAACAAACGGAUAAAUGAGUCAUGAGAUGAAAAAUGAAUCCGGAUGUGAAAAAAUUUGAAUUUUGACUGGGAGAAGCUGAAGUGGGUUUUCUCGGGAUUUUGAGUUUUGGGGUCUUUAAAGACCAUUUUUUCUCCCUAUAGGAUCUCCUCCAGCUUUUCCCAGGAUGGCUGACAUAAAAAUGAAAAAAAGGGGGGUGUUUCUUUAAUAUACCUUGGGAGAGGGAGGGGGCUUUUUUUCCUAUAGGGUACUACAGCUUUUCUCAGGAUGUUUGACGUAAAAAAAGUGCAGGGGGGGGGGUUUCUCUAGUACACUUUGGAAGGAGGGGGGGCUUUUUUUCCUAUUGGGUUAUGAUUGACGUAAAAAAAUGCGUCUUUUAGAAAUACUUGAAAAAAAGCAAUAUUUGCCCCCUGAUUAAUUAAACUUUCGAUAUUCUACAUAAAAUAUCAGCUUUUUCUCCCUUCAAAGAAGGACUUGAACCGGAAAAAACAUUCUUUUUGAGAAGAAACAAAUAAAUUGUUUUCUAUUGUUCGGCCCCCACGUGGUCGUCUAGGCUUCCGAGCCCAUUUUUUCCCCUUUUAUUCUAUUCUUUCGGUCCAACCAACCGUGUGACUCGUUUAUUUUCCGCCGGAAUACAUGAAAGACUCCACGAGAUUUUGAUCUUUGGAUUUGGAAUUUUUGAAGAUUUUCUUGGGGGAAAUCGGCGGGAAGCCAGAAAGAUGGUUUUUAAAUUUAGGUUUUUCUAUUUGGGAAGUUUUUUUUAUUGAAAGCUAAAGUGUCAAAUAACUUACAGGCUAUCCGUGUAUUUAGAAUCUCUCCAUUUUUUUUUUUGCCCCAACGGCAAAAAUAUCCAAGUUCUGACGGAGAUCGAACCAGAAAGUCCUCUAGCCAUAAACAAUCCACUUAGCCACUGGGCUAUCGUGUGAUUUGCUGUAUAGUCACUUUUCAGUUGGCAAAAAUCUUUUAGUCCUGCGCAAGAUCGAACCAGUAAGUCCUAUAACCCUAGGCAAGAUUCUAAGCCACUGGACUACCUUGAAGUAUUGGCAAAAAUAUUCAAGUUCUGACGGAGAUUGAACCAGAAAGUCUUCUAGCCACACUCAAAGCCUUUAGCCGCUUGAUUAUCAUGCAACCCAGUACCUAGUUUCUCCGCCUAAAGAAAAAUACUGACCUAAUCAUCUGGCAAAAACAUUUUCUCUGAUGGGGAUUGAACCAGAAAGUCUUCUAGCCAUAGUCAAAGCCCUUAGCCACCCGACUAUCAUGCAAUCCAGUCUCUAGUUACUCUGUCCGGGAGAAAAUUGACCUAAUCAUUUGGCAAAAAGUUUUUUUUUCAACGGGGAUUGAACCAGAGAGUCUUCUAGCCAUAGUCAAAGUCCUUAGCCACCCGACUAUCAUGCAAUCCAGUCUCUAGUUACUCUGUCCGGGAGAAAAUUGACCUAAUCAUUUGGCAAAAAGUUUUUUUUUCAACGGGGAUUGAACCAGAGAGUCUUCUAGCCAUAGUCAAAGUCCUUAGCCACUCGACCACUCGUCAAUUUUUGAACAUUCCAACAAGAAGAGCUUACAGGGAGAAGCUGGAAUGCUCGGCGGACCUGACCCAGGACGUUUUGGCGCAGUUGGAACGGCUCCAUGCCGUCCAGGAAAGACUCAUCUCCUACCUCGGAACCUGCUUCGAGCAGAAAUAA